AAUCUAAUUGUAAACCAUCUUCCCAGAGAAUGCUGAAUGCUAAAUGAUUCUUUUAAUAUUGAUAUUAAGAUGAUUUUAAUUGUGAUUUGUGGUUAAUAUCGGUCCGGUAUACGAUCCAAAACUGUUUGAAAAUCAGGAAAAUCAUUCUAGCUAGCUAGCUACCUAGCUAAUCUUCUGUAGGGAACAGGAGGGCGUUCAACACUCCCGUCGCUUGUUUAUGACGCAGUCUGCGGCGGCUUCGGCGUUCUCAUCUAAUCGGUGUGUGUGAUGGAGUGUCCGGGUGAGAACCGGCCUGACCAGAUGGCAGCAGAAGAACUGAGCCGUGGUGGUGCCGAAAAUCAGAAGAGCUCUCCAAAGAGACGGAGAGACAUGAGGAGGAGUCGGCGGAGGGCGAACGGAGCGGACCGGGUGUGUCCGGGCGGUGGGCCAGGAGGACACGCCGAGUCACAUGAUGUGUCUGAGACCAGCGAGAGCUCCACCAAGAAGCUGGACAAGUGCAGGAGAGCACACUUCCUCCACGGACCGUAUCCCAGCACACACUUCGGACCCAAAGCCUGCAUCCUGCCCAACCCGACUUCCAUCAUGCACAUCCAGGACCCAGUGAGUCAGAGGUUGGUGUGGAACAAGCCGGCACUCAACGUGUUGGUGAUCCGAAAGAUCCGAGACGAGAACCUGCUGGAGCCGUUUAAGGAGCUGUGCAGCUUCCUCAUCCAAGAGAAAGGUCUGAGUGUGUAUGUGGAGAAGAAGGUGGUGGAGGAUGGAGCUCUGGUGGCAGAUGAGUCGUUCUGCAGCAUCAGGAGACAGCUGUGCACCUUCAGAGAAGGGUUUGACGAUAUCUCAGACUGUAUCGAUCUGAUCGUGUGUCUGGGAGGAGACGGUACACUGCUGUAUGCCUCAUCACUCUUCCAGGGCAGUGUCCCCCCCGUUAUGGCCUUCCACCUCGGCUCACUCGGCUUCCUCACACCCUUUAAGUUCGAGUCGUAUAAGACUGAAGUGGACAAAGUGUUAGCAGGUAAUGCUGCUGUGGUGCUGCGGAGUCGCCUGAAGGUCAAGGUCCUCAAAGGAUCACUUCAGAGGGACCAGGAAAACGGCAGUGUUACACACACACACACCAACCCUGUUACACUACAGCUACAGGUGCUGAAUGAGGUGGUGGUGGACAGAGGUCCCUCCUCUUACUUGUCUAACGUUGACCUGUACCUGGAUGGACGUCUCAUCACCUCUGUCCAGGGAGACGGUGUAAUUGUGUCGACGCCCACAGGAAGCACAGCAUAUGCAGCAGCAGCAGGAGCGUCCAUGAUCCACCCCAACGUCCCUGCCAUCAUGGUCACACCCAUCUGCCCUCACUCCCUCUCCUUCAGACCCAUUGUCGUGCCGGCUGGGGUGGAGCUCAUGAUCGCUCUCUCUCCAGACGCUCGGAACACCGCGUGGGUUUCCUUUGAUGGCAGGAAGAGACAGGAAAUCCAACAUGGAGACAGCAUUAAGAUCACUACGUCGUGUUACCCAGUUCCGUCUCUGUGCUGUCACGGGCUGGUGUACGACUGGUUCGAGAGUUUAGCUGAGUGUUUACACUGGAACAUCCGCAAGAAACAAACACACCUGAGCGACGCCUCCGACUCCACCGACACGGACACCUGACACACACACACACACACAGAGCUGCAUGCCCGCCUGUAGUCUGUGUAAAUUAGCUGCUGAAUCAUUAUAAAGGGUUCAGUGAUGAUGACAUCAUUGUUUAUUUACUUCAUGUUGGUUAAUAAUGUGUUGAUGUGACAUUCCAGUGUGUGGGGUUUCAGUGACACAGCGCCUCCCUGUGGACAAACUCAAAUAAACAAAAAAAUCCUGACAAAAUAUUAGGGACGAUCUCUGACGUCACACUCGGGCUGUUCUUAUAAACGACUGCAGAAUAAGAGCAAUAAAGUGGCAGAGUCCAGCA